UUGUCGUGCUGGAUAGUGAUCGAUAUAGUACGUUCGUUUCUCGGUCUGGUCGGGUUAAUUUAGUGCAGAGUUUUUGUUGACCUUUGGAUGGAAUUUAUCAGACACAUUUGCUGGAUAUUCAUUAUAAAAGGGAGAAACCUUUCGCAGUAAUUGACCCUCUUCCACCCUUUUGUUUUGGCGUUAAGCCAAAGGGACAGUGACAGUGGUUUAUUCGUGAUGGAUGUGACCGCAAUCAUUUCGACUUUCUGAAAUUGUCCAGUACCGUUUGUCGUACUGUAGUACUUUUAAAAAUUUCGUCUCUAAUAGAGCAUGGCGGCGCUUCGACUCUUCGACCGGGGGCGGUGGCGAGGGUCGGACAAGCCGUCAACUUGGCCGUGGAGAGGUUCGUGACGGUGGGUGAAACGAUUGCCGAUGAUUAUCCGGAAGUACGACAGGGAAUGUACGAAGCGUGCAAAGAGGCAAGGCAAGCCGGUGCGGCAAUCGAACACAUUUGCGAGUUACACGAAGAAGAAACCACCCCCGAUAGAACAAUCUUAGUACGAGCCGCCCGGUGCCUUUUGGGCGCCAUCACUAGAGUUUUACUUUUGGCAGACAUAGUGGUAGUCAAACAACUUUUAUUUGCCAAAGAAAAGGUAUCGCAUAGUUUGGAUCGCUUGGAAUCGGUAAAUAAUUUCACGGAAUUCGUGAAAGCUUUCAGUCAGUUCGGCGCUGAGAUGGUGGAAUUGGCUCAUUUGACUGGCGAUAGACAAAACGACUUGAAAGACGAGAGACGGCGCGCCCAAAUGGCCGCCGCUAGACAGGUCCUGGAGCGGUCCACGAUGAUGCUAUUAACCGCCAGCAAAGCAAGCCUGAGACAUCCCGAAUGCGGAUCGGCGAGGGAAAAUCGCGAUACCGUUUUUUGUCAAAUGAGAAGAGCUAUGGAUCUUAUACAUUACGUAGUAAAAGAUGGUGUCUUAAAUAGUGCCGAUUCAAGUGUUCAAUCAGUUCAUAAAGACGGACUAUGCGAAAGCGACAAAGGAACAGCAUAUGCCUGUAUACAGCAUUUGCGGUACCUACUAGAACAUAGCAAAAUCUCUAUGGACCCUUCUUGUCAAGAGACACUUCCGACUGCUUUAGAGGCCGUCUUAGAAAGAACUCAGGAUUUCACUGACAGUGCCUAUACUAGCCAUGAGCAUAGGGAAGCCAUUUUAGAAUGUAGUGAAAGACUUAAAUCCGAACUAGAUCAACUACUAGGUCUUUAUGCUAACAUAAUGGGUUACGAGGACGUCAACAACUGUCCGGAAUUAGAUAACUCGAUGCAAGUGUGCAUCAAUUCGUCGAGGGAUUUGUCGAGGCAUUUGAGUAACGCGGCCGUUCACCAGGCCCAAGACUUGAGCACAGUUACCAAGCAAGGAUUGGAACUGAUGAGUGCCAUUAGACAGGAAGCUACGAUGUCGGAAAUCGAUAGACUGCAUCACACCUCAAAUGCCUUUCACGAUUCCAUUGAUCACAUUUUAGAGGUUUGCAAACUUCUGAGAAACGUGGCGAUAACGGAUACGUUCCAAGUGACGGCGAAAUUCGCGGAAAUAAAUCUGCGCGUGUACGGUCCGCAGGUGAUAACGGCGGCGAAAUGCCUGUCCGCUUAUCCCAGCAGCAAAAUCGCCCAGGAGAACCUGGAGGUCUUCGCCGACAUGUACCAGUGGUUGAUAUCUGACGUUACCACCGUGGUGAAGGAGGUGGUCGAUGCCUGCCAAUCGAGGCCGGAAAAGCAGGUGUAUAUGUCGCUUCCCAGGCCUGGGAAACACGGAACUACCUCAAAGCCGCUCAAAGCGGUGAGACUGGACGUAGCAGAGCAGGAAAAAAUUGCUAAAACAGGCCUGGAAAUGAAAAUGGCGACAACUGAGAUGGAUGCUGAAACGGACAAGUGGCAGGAGAGUAACAGUAGCGCUCAAAUAGAGGAAAAUAAUGAUAUACUCAAAAGAGCGAAAAAUAUGUCGGCGAUGGCUUUCUCCAUGUAUCAGUUCACGAAAGGAGAAGGUGAUUUGAAAACCACGCAAGAUUUAUUUACGCAGGCCGAGUAUUUCGCCGAAGAAGCUAACAGAUUGUACAAAGUAAUCAGGCAAUUUAGCUAUCAGGUUCCUUGCGGUGCUAGCAAGAAGGAACUCCUGGCCCAUUUGGAUAGAGUUCCUACGUUCGUGCAGCGUUUGCAAUUCACCGUGAAGGACCACACGGUCGGUAAAGCGGCGACUUUCACAAAAGUCGAUAAUGUGAUACAAGAAACCAAGAAUCUUAUGAACGUGAUUUCUAAAGUGGUGACCACUUGUUUCGAAUGCGCCACCAAAGUAAGUAUCGCUCCGAUUGGGAGAGUUCGAUUAGACUGCUUUUGGACACUUUUUUCUCUCCUGCUUUGGCAGUUUAUGAGAUAUUCGACGCGUUUUGUCUAUGCACACUUCGUAAGUAAUGAUUAUAAUUCAUUGAAAAGAAAACUCGUCGAACAUCAUUUACAUUUAGAAUAUCUUUCCGACGUUCUGAUGGAAUGUUUUUACUUAAUUUAGUUCUCGAUAGCGUUACCGCAAAGAGUUAGAAUACCAUGUGCAAGUUUAGACGGUAGAUCAUUACAUGAGCAGAUAAAUUCGCAGGACCUACGUAGAAUCGUGAAUUAUCAAUUUUCUACACUACCAAGAUAAUAGAUACAUACGGUGAUUUUCUUUUAUCGUAUCAUCUAACGAUCUCAUUAACUUUCUAACUCUUUAAUGUCUUAUUAACAAGCUAGUAAUUCGAAUAACAAAUGGUUAUUGGUAUAACUUUUAUUCGUUUUACUUUUGUUACUGUAACAUUUGAAAUUAAACACAAAGCACGGAAACUAACCAAAUCAUUACUUUCUACUGACUGUGUCACUUCUAGUAUUUGUAAAUUUUUAGAUUUAAGAUUUGUUGUUAAUGAAUUGAAAAUAAUUUGUUUAAAUAAGUGCAAUUUAACACCAUUUUUCGAGCACAUUCAUGCCUGAUUGCAUAUAAGCUCGCUAACAUUUUGCUCUUUUUUGAUGAGCAUUUGUGCAACCAAGCAAUUAUUUGUUAAUCUUCACAUAUUACUAAUAUGUGCAUUAUGUAACAUAUCUAAAAAAAGUUAUUGUUAAAUAACUCAUUAAAAUAUCAACUGUAAUCCGCAGGGUUCAGAUUAAACACGUUUCUAAACUCGCUCAAUAUAAAAACGAACUGAACACGACUCAACAGAAAAUACCGAUUUUUCACUUACUAUCUAAUUCUAUUAUCUCUGUACUUUCUUCUGUAGCUUUAUUGAUUGUGAACUAUCUUUUGUUAGCAUAAUAUCGGCCAUCCGGACCUUCAAAAUCCUAUUAAUAACGGAGCCGACGAUCAGGUUAAAAAUUUGAUGGUGCUAGUUAUUGUAUUUGUGUUCGUUUUUAGUUAUUGUGAGGUAGUCCAAGUCGUGUGUUUCGUAUAUUUAUUUGCAUAAAAAUAGUACAUGCAGUGAAAUCUACUUGAAAGAGUUCAUUUUAAUGUAGCUUUCUUAUCCAUGUUUACCCUACAGUUCUCAUAUUUUGAUCAAUUCGUAACUGGGAAAAGUUCUCAAUUUGGGAAAAUUCUGUCAAUUUACUUACUCUCGUAUAAAUAUAAUAAUGUCAUGUUGGUUUUUGUUGUUUACAUGGGUGUACAUAUUUCCGUCAUUUUGAAUUUCCUCGAUUUUCUUGAAUUCUUUCCUCUAUUUACUAUUCGC